GUGCUGCCUACCUUCCCACCUAGGCAGGAGGUAGUAGCUAUGUAUCCCCAGUCCACCAGUCCACCAGUCUGUGUGUGCGUUUUACCACUUGUACCCAGGUCGCCACUACGUGGUACUGGCAUGGGACCAGUCCAAAUUCAGAAACAAUUCGUUGCACAUUCGCAACCGUCUCCCGUGCCUAGGAGCUUCUUGUGUGCCCUCUGGAACACCAGCUGCUCGGGCAUGGCGAAGGGCUUGGCUCAUGUGGAUCUCCAUCUACAAUUUGAUGUCGCUGCUGGCCUGCCCAUCCCCGUACCUGGGCUCUGAACAAAAAUACAUAACUCUAAUGCCUAUCCCAUGAAAUACUCGCCUUGCCCUCCCCGUGCCUCUUGACGAUAUAUAUCCCAGCUCUUUCUGAUCCAUUUCUUCUGUCACAGGCUGGUCCCACAUCAUUAUUGGCUUGCACUUUUGUUUCGAACCGUUCAACUCUGUUUACACUGCUCGCUGCCUCUGCAUCUGCACAUACCUCCUCGGUCAAUCUCAUCCUAGCGGUGAGCUUGUUGGCGUCGACCAGAAACCCCCUUUGGUAUAUCACACCACAAACGCAUUCUCAAGGCCGUACAUGUCCCCCACCGAAUAGACAACCGGUUCCGAGGCUUGCGACCCAAGAGCAUAUCCGCUGCCCCACGACAAGAUGGAGGGCACAAGGAGAUCCUUCGAACAGAAGCCGUCCUUCAUGGACCCCCAGGCCGCCCCGCAGGGACUGUUCGAGCCCCGACCGCUCCCUCGCGCAAACAGCUUCGACAACCGCCCCCAGAGCCCCCAGAUGGGGAGCAACGACAGCACGCGGGUGUCGACCCCCUCGGGCGAGCGGGACCUUGAGAAGUACGAGGAUGACGACGACGCGGUCAAGAAGGACGACCACAAGGGACAGACAUACAUGGGCCAUGACAUUUACGACCCCAACAGGCCGAAGCUGGGGCUGAAGCAACGGCUACACCACUUCACCUGGGCAUGGUGGACGCUCAUCAUGAGCACUGGUGGACUGUCACUUCUCAUCUUUGCACAACCGUAUCAGUUCCCCGGCCUGAGACAGAUAGGUCUCGUCGUGUAUAUCAUCACCCUCAUCCUCUUUGCUCUCACAGCCAGUGCCCUGGUCGCACGCUUCUUCCUGUACCCGGGCGAUCUCAAGGCGUCCAUCUGCCACGAGCGCGAGGGCUUCUUCUUCCCCACAUUCUUCCUCUCCAUCGCCACACUCAUCACGAGCACUUAUCGCUACGCCAUCCCCCAGAACGAUGAGACCCUCAACUGGGCCGUCCAGGUCGCAUUCUGGAGCUACCUGGCCGUGACACUGCUCCUCGCCAUCGCCCAGUACAGCUACGUCUUCCGCACUCACAACCUCGAGGUGAAGACCAUGAUGCCCACCUGGAUCCUGCCCAUCUUCCCCAUCAUGCUUUCGGGAACCAUCGCCUCGGUCGUCGCCGAGACCCAGCCCGAGUUCAUGUCCGUCGCCAUCAUCUACGGUGGCCUCGCAUGCCAGGGCCUCGGGAUCAGUGUAUCGUUCCUCAUGUAUGCUCACAUGGUCGGACGCCUGAUGUCAUUUGGCCUUCCCAGCCGUGAGCACAGGGCCGGUCUCUUCAUGAACGUAGGCCCCCCGGCUUUCACCUGCCUGGCCUUCAUUGGCAUGUCAAAGGGCCUGCCCGAAACCUUCGACUUUGACAGCAACGGCAUCUUUGACGUCCACGUUGUCCGCCAGAUGGCGCUCCUUGGUGGCGUCUACCUCUGGGGCCUCAGCCUCUGGUGGUGGGGGGUCGCCGUCCUCGCCGUCAUCCAGAGCAGGCCCAAGUACUUCCACCUCGGCUGGUGGGCGAGUGUGUUCCCCAACACCGGCUUCACCCUCGCAACCAUCACACUCGGCAACGCCAUCAACAGCAAGAUCGUGCUCGACUUUGCUGUGUUCAUGUCUGUGUGUAUCCUGAUCACAUACUUCUUCGUCCUGUACCACCACAUCCGGGCUGUUAUUGUCCAGGACAUCAUGUACCCAGGCAGAGACGAGGACGUCGUCGACCACUAAGGAGGGAUUUGACAUCCAUUCUUCUUUUCUCUUCAUGUUCUUUUGGCAUCGUGGAUUUCAGCAUUCAAAAAUUGCCAGCAUUGCACUUUCUGCCAGGCGUUGUGGCUGGGACUGAUUUCUAUGGGGGAAAAAGGAACUCACCGUCCAUUCCAACUCGGACGGAUAAACAGGCAUUACUGGGAGACAGUCACAGAAUGCUUCAACAGGCACUCAUUUCUGUAGUUACGAUAUCCCCAUAGACUAAUUUGAUUUUGACUAGAAUGUUACGAAAACAGCAAGAACAAAAAAAA